AUGGCAGUUAGUGGAAAUGAAAUUAAACUUAAAACUCUUUACGCCAAGAGGGACGUACUCUUUUCACGUAUACAAUAUAUAAUUGAUCACAUAAAAAAUAUUAACGUAGAUUCAGUACGGGAAACGUUUUUAUGUGAAAUAGAAACGGUGGACUCUUUGCGAUCGGAUUACGAAAACAUAUUAGACAACAUUAAUAGUUUGGAAUUACAAAUCGACCUUAAGUAUACAGUGAAUUAUCAACCACUUCUAUCAUUUGAAGAUAUGUUGUGUCGCGUAAAAAAGAACGGCAAAGCUCUUACAGUCUCCAGCCCAAAGCGAAGCAAAACCAGAAAUCCAGGUACGCCCACGUGA